AUGGGCAUCGCUGAAAUACUCGCCGCAGAAGCCUUAUUACAUCUUCGAGGAACCGGAGUUCAAUGUCCAAAGACUUAUACGUUUCAGGAUACGGAAGAUCUGGGUAUGUCUGCGAGGCUUUCUAGAGUGACAGUGGACGAGAGCAGUUCGUCCAUGACGAUGGAGGAUGAGGGCCCAACGACGAGACGUAAAAGGACUCGCAGUUGCACUUCAGAAUCAUCAGACCAGAGUGUAAGUGACGAGACGCUAGAGCCGGUUGGAAAUAAUGUGAUAAGAAUCGGCGAUGGAAAUGCCACUGUCCCAGUGGAAAUGUACACAUCCAUAAAGUGGGAUUCCUAUACAAUGGCUACCAGGAAACUACUAUCAGCCGUAUUUCCUUGCCACAUUCUCGCAACUCAUUCGUUAAGCGGGAAUCGGUCCCCCGCGUUCCCCGACAAAGCUGCCAAGCAGAAAUUGGACCCCAAACUUGUCAACGAUAUUGUAAAAACUGUCGCGGAGAAGUGCGGUGUACCGGAAAAUGUUGUGAGAAAGGCAAUAUACCUCUACAUUUGUACACCUCGUGACCUCGGUGCCUUAGGAAGGCACUACAUCUCUUCACCUCGUAACCUCGGUGCCCUAGGAAAGCACUACAUUUCUUUACCUCGUGACCUCGGUGCAUUAGGAAGGCACUACAUCUCUUCACUUCGUGACCUCGGUGCCUUAGGAAGGCACUACAUCUCUUCACCUCGUAACCUCGGUGCCCUAGGAAAGCACUACAUCUCUUCACCUCGUAACCUCGGUGCCCUAGGAAAGCACUACAUCUCUUUACCUCGUGACCUCGGUGCCUUAGGAAGGCACACUACAUCUCUUCACCUCGUGACCUCGGUGCCUUAG